UUGGUGUUUGCGUGCAUAGUACACAUGGGCAUUGAACAGUGUCUCAUUGGAUUUUUUGAUGAAUGAUGCAGUUAAGUUUCACGUUCUUUUCCUCUCUUCUUCGUGUCGUGUCAGGUAAAAAGCUUGUUCUCACUAUUUCUUUUCACCUUCCAUCGUGAUACGAGUAACCUUCAUUCGCCGGUCACCACAGUACCCAGUUUCCGUUAUUUUGCUUCUUAGCGUCGCCAUCUUAAGGUUCUUUUCAUUUUGUGUUAUAUUCUAAUCUAUUCUGCUGCCUCUUCUUCUUCUUCUUCUUUUUGGCUCUUGGGUUUUCUUUUUCCUUAAAAAAUUUCAAUAGUUAGUAACGCAGAGACAUUGAUAGUGAAAAAAAUUUGCUUUUUUGUCUGCUUCUUCUCUCUGGGGUCUGAGCUGUUUAACUCUCUACAUUCUCUAAAUUUGUCUUGAACCCGCUCUCUAUCUCUCAAUUUGGACUCAUGGGUUCUAACUCCGUAUUCAAAAUCACUGCUUGAUGGGUUUUUCUGAUUAAGUUAAGGUAAGGGUCUGUUGUCCCAGCUUGCUUUCUGUGAGUUCCACCUUGUUUUUGAGUGAGUGUUUUUGUCCACUUCAAACUGGGUUCCAUCUGUUUGUUAAAAGAACCCAGAGGAAAAAAGCUUGCUAAUUGAUGCAAAAAAGAUGAAGGAUUUUCCUUCUUGUUUUGGUGAAAAUGGUGUUCAAGUGGCGGAUUCUUCGUCUUCAAGCGCUAAUAAAAGUGCCCAGAAUGUGGUUACUUGUGUUUAUCAAUGCAGGCUUGGUGGUAGUACUUGCCUGAUUACUGUCACAUGGAGUAAGAAUUUGAUGGGGCAAAGCCUUAGUGUUGGGAUCGACGAUUCUUCAAGCCAGAGUCUUUGUAAGGUGGAUAUCAAACCGUGGGGGUUCUCCAAGAGGAGAGGUUGUAAGAGUCUUGAGGUUCAUUCUUGUAAAGUUGAUGUGUAUUGGGAUCUUUCUUCGGCUAAAUUUGGUUCUGGACCAGAACCAUCGGGGGGAUUUUAUGUAGGAGCUGUUGUGGAUGGACAAAUGGUUCUUCUUCUUGGGGAUUUGAGGAAAGAAGCUAUCAAGAAGACCAAUGCUAACCCAUUACCCCACAAUGCAGUUUUGGUUGCCAAGAAAGAACACGUUUUUGGUAAGAAGUUGUAUGGUACCAAGGCUGUGUUUUGUGACAAUGGCCAUAUUCAUGAUCUUGUGAUUGAAUGUGACACUGCAAGUGUUAGUGAUCCAAGCCUUGUAAUUCGCAUAGACAGCAAAACUGUGAUGCAAGUGAAGCGGUUGAGAUGGAAGUUCAGGGGGAAUCAUACCAUCCUGGUGGAUGGCCUUGCUGUGGAAGUUUUCUGGGAUGUUCACAAUUGGCUCUUUGGUACAUCCCUUGGAGACGCUGUCUUUAUGUUCAAGACAUGCCUCUCUGCCGUGGACAAGUUGUGGGCUAGCCAACCGCCAUCUGAUUUGGCGUGGUCUUUCUCUGAGAGAUUUCCUGAGACCAAAUUGCAGGGUCUUGGUUUCUCACUUAUAUUGCAUGCUUGGAAGAACCAGUAGAUAUGCAGAAAUCCAUCACAUAUUGAGUACUAACAGACCUCCCUGUGGAUUUUGAUUUAUCAACCAUGUGAUUGAAACAUAGUUGAGUAAAAAUGAGUCCUUUUGUUCCUCUCA